AUGCCUUUCUUCCCACAAGCAUACCUCUCUUCGGAGUCCCAAUUCCUCAACUUCCUCUCUGAGCUCGACAAAGAAGUCUCUCAACAAACCCAAAAGCAAGCGCCAGCACCAGCACAGGCUGUCCCACAAGUCAUCCGCCGCUGCCAACCACGACAAGCCAGAGAAGAGACCUUCACGCCUCGCUUCGAUGUCACUGAGACUCCAACCACUUACGAGCUCUUCGGCGAACUCCCAGGUCUCGCACAGGAAGAUCUGAAUAUCGAAUUCGUUGACGCCCAGACAGUCGUUGUCAAGGGCAAGGUCGUGCGCGCUGGCACUACCAUUCCAACACCAGAACCCACCCCAGAAGUAAAGGCAAUCGACAACUCCGACACCUCGUCUGAGAAAUCACUCAACCCAACGGUCGAGGAUGAAUACGAUGAAGCUGAUACCCCACUCGCUACACCUGCUUCUACCACCUCCACCACCACCAUCGCUGAGCCAAAGAAGACAGAAGCACCAAAGGCCAAGGCACCAAAACCCAAGUUCUGGGUCUCAGAACGCAAAGUCGGAUCAUUCGCUCGCAGUUUCUCAUUCUCACAACGUCUCGAUCACGAUAACGUGCAGGCUGUCUUGAAGAAUGGGGUUUUACACCUUGUGAUUCCUAAGAUCACCAAGACGGGAAAGAUCGCUGUUACUGUUGCAUAG